UAAUAAGACAACCAGGUGUUGAUAUACUGAGAAAUUACUAUGUUUUAAACUUAAAUUUAGCAUCUUUUAUGUGCCUAGGUAGGUAGUAAUAAUAAAAGCAGUUAACUUUUAUUGUGUUCUUACUGGUGCCACACAGCUGUUUCUAAUCUGCCGAAUAACCGUAUGAGAUAGGAAUUAUUAUCACUACUAUAUUCAUUUUAUAGAACCAAAAAUGAAGGCACGGGAAUUUACUUUGAGGUCAUAGAGCUAGGAAAACGUGAUUCCAGGAAGUCUGAUUGCAGAGCCUUUUUUCCGUAAUGACUCUUGAAAUUAUCCUUUUGAAAGAAAGGUAGAAAGGAAGGAAAGAGAGAAAAGAGAAAACUAUUUUAUCUGGGUUAGUAAAUUGCCAAGACGUCCUUUUAAAGAAAAUGAAAUACACAAAAUGACGGUAGUACAUUUAAAUCUAAGGCUCAAAGACUAUGGGGUGGAUCUCAUUGAAGUUUCAGACAAUGGAUGUGGGGUAGAAGAAGAAAACUUUGAAGGCUUAACUCUGAAACAUCACACUUCUAAGAUUCAAGACUUUGGUGACCUAACUCAGGUUGAAACUUUUGGCUUUCGGGGGGAAGCUCUGAGUUCACUUUGUGCACUGAGCGAUGUGACUAUUUCUACCUGCCACGCAUCCGCGAAGGUCGGGACUCGGCUUGUGUUUGAUCACAAUGGGAAAAUCGUCCAGAAAACCCCCCACCCACGACCCAGAGGGACAACGGUCAGUGUGCAGCAGCUAUUUUAUACACUCCCUGUGCGCCAUAAGGAGUUUCAAAGGAAUAUUAAAAAGGAGUAUGCCAGAAUGGUCCAGGUCUUACAAGCAUACUGUAUCAUUGCAGCAGGCAUCCGUGUAAGUUGCAGCAAUCAGGUUGGACAAGGAAAACGCCAGCCUGUGGUUUGCACAAGCGGAAGCUCCAGCAUAAAGGAAAACAUUGGAUCUGUGUUUGGGCAGAAACAGCUGCAAAGCCUCAUUCCUUUUGUUCAGCUGCCCCCUAGUGACUCUGUGUGUGAAGAGUACGGGCUGAGCCACGGUGAUGCUUUGCAGACUCUGUUUCGCAUCUCUGGUUUCAUUUCUCACUGUGCUCAUGGUGUUGGAAGAAGCUCCACAGACAGACAGUUUUUCUUUAUCAAUCGGCGGCCUUGUGACCCGGCAAAGGUUUCCAGACUUGUGAACGAGGUCUAUCAUAUGUAUAAUCGCCAUCAGUAUCCAUUUGUUGUUCUUAACAUUUCUGUUGAUUCAGAAUGUGUUGACGUCAAUGUUACUCCCGAUAAAAGGCAAAUUUUACUGCAAGAGGAGAAGCUUUUGUUGGCAGUUUUAAAAACAUCUUUGAUAGGAAUGUUUGAUGGUGAUCUCAACAAACUUAAUGUCAGUCAGCAGCCGUUGUUGGGUAUUGAAGGUAACUUAAUAAAAAAGCCUUCGGCAGAAAUGGAGAAGCCUGUGCCAGAAAAACAGGAUGAUCCCGCUUCGUUAAGGACUGCAGGAGAAGCGAAGAGGGCAGUGACCAUUUCCAGACUGAGAGAGACCUUUUCUCUUCGGCACACGACAGAGACCAAGUCUCAGGGCCCGAACACCACCGAACCGAGACGGAUUUCUCCGAGACAGAAGAGACACGUCCAGCGUUCUGGAGCUCCAGACUCCCUGUGUUUCCAGAAGUGCGCCUCGGGCACAGGCUCGUCCGGCCCUGGCGGGGAGGCGAUGCAUUUGCGCGGGGACCCCUGUGACCGCAGGGACGGAGCGGAGACGGAGCAGGACUCGAGGCACAGCCGCACUUCGGCCGGCCCGCGGGAAGGGCCCGGCACCCCAGCCACGGGCGGUCGGUCCGGUGGUGUCUGUGCAGCAAACUCCCCUGAGGACAGGUUUUCACAGGGAAACGCGGAAGCUUCUAAGAAGUUGCCUGAACUUGACCGUCGCUCUGCAGACACGGAGCGUGGUUCCAAUCACGAGGACGGGGGACGUCAACAUAGGGUCUCGCCCCCGCCCGUAGAUGAAUCCUCCCCAAGCACACGGCGUUUCAAAAAAGACGGCAUUCCUUUGAAUCCUGACGUCCCCCAAGGGUUGGUGACUGCACAGAACACAUCAGCGUCUCAGGUCGACGUGGCUGUUAAAAUCAGUAAGAAAGUAGUGCCCCUGGCCUUUUCCAUGCGGUCUUUAGCGGCACGAAUAAAGCAGUUACGUCACCAAGAAAGGCCACAAGAAGGCGAACAGAAUUAUAGGAAGUUCAGGGCAAAGAUUUGCCCCGGAGAAAACCAAGCCGCCGAAGAUGAACUGAGAAAGGAGAUAAGUAAAACGAUGUUUGCAGACAUGGAGAUCAUUGGUCAGUUUAACUUGGGAUUUAUAAUCACCAAACUCAAUGCAGAUAUCUUCAUAGUGGACCAGCAUGCCACGGAUGAGAAGUACAACUUUGAGAUGCUCCAGCAGCACACAGCCCUCCAGGGUCAAAGGCUUAUCGCACCCCAGACUCUCAACUUAACUGCUGUCAAUGAAGCUAUCCUAAUAGAAAAUCUGGAAAUAUUCAGAAAGAAUGGCUUCGAUUUUGUUAUCGACGAAGGGGCUCCAGUCACUGAAAGGGCGAAGUUGAUUUCCUUGCCAACCAGUAAAAACUGGACCUUUGGACCUCAGGACAUCGAUGAACUGAUCUUCAUGCUCAGUGACAGCCCUGGGGUCAUGUGUCGGCCUUCCCGCGUCAGACAGAUGUUUGCCUCCAGAGCCUGUCGAAAGUCUGUGAUGAUUGGAACCGCCCUAAACACAAGUGAGAUGAAGAAACUGAUCACCCACAUGGGUGAGAUGGACCAUCCCUGGAACUGUCCCCACGGAAGGCCGACCAUGAGACACAUUGCCAACCUGGAUUUCAUUUCUCAAAAGUGACAACAUCUCUCGCUUUCUAGAAUUGUACGUUUCAUCGCAGAUUUUUCCUUUUCAAAAGCAGGGUUUUAACGAGUCAGCUUGUUGCCAAAUAAACCUGUUUGAAAAAAAAGAAACUGACCAGAUCCACUAGAAAUGAUCUUGAGAACCUCGUCAAACCACGCGGAGCAGUGUUUGCACCGGCUUUUGUCCCGCACCAGAGUGUGUGUGCGCAUACAGGCAAGAAGAGCAUGUCUUACAGAAACAGGAAGAACGCUUCGAAAGCCACCUGGGCCUCUGCUGCUGUGGCCUGAGGUAUCUUAGUCAGCAACUUUCAGCCCGUAGUAUGAUUAAAUUCAUAAUGGUUUAAUUUCAUAAAAUUACGGUCCUUUUGGGUUCGGGGUUGUCCACCCAAAUGCACAUUAAAUU